CCUUGCAUUGAUUUGAUGCCCUACCCGCCGGUUUAAAACGGACCCCCCAAUAACCCCAAGCCCAACAAACCAAUCUGAAAAUAUAUAAAAAGUUCCAAUUUUCGUCUGAAAAAUCUGGUUUCCGCCGACGAUGGACACCGGCGGCAACUCUCUAGUGUCGGGUGCCGACGGAGUGAAGAGGAAGGUGAGCUAUUUCUACGACCCAGAAGUGGGAAAUUACUAUUAUGGGCAGGGACACCCGAUGAAGCCCCACCGGAUUCGGAUGACCCACGCCCUCCUCGCGCACUAUGGCCUCCUUCAGAACAUGCAGGUCCUCAAACCCUACCCAGCCCGCGACCGCGACCUCUGCCGCUUCCACGCCGACGAUUACGUGGCGUUCCUCCGGAACAUCACCCCCGAAACGCAGCAGGACCAGCUGCGGCAGCUCAAGCGGUUCAAUGUCGGCGAGGACUGCCCUGUCUUUGAUGGGUUGUACUCGUUUUGCCAGACCUAUGCUGGUGGGUCGGUCGGCGGCGCUGUGAAGCUCAACCAUGGGAUUUGUGAUAUUUCGAUUAAUUGGGCCGGUGGUUUGCACCAUGCUAAGAAGUGUGAGGCUUCUGGGUUUUGCUAUGUGAAUGACAUUGUUCUUGCAAUUUUGGAACUUCUUAAGCAGCAUGAGCGCGUUUUGUAUGUGGACAUUGAUAUCCACCAUGGAGACGGUGUUGAGGAGGCAUUUUACACGACGGACAGGGUCAUGACGGUUUCAUUUCACAAGUUUGGGGAUUAUUUUCCUGGCACGGGGGACAUUCGUGAUAUUGGUUACGGGAAAGGGAAGUAUUACUCCCUUAAUGUUCCAUUGGAUGACGGGAUUGAUGAUGAGAGCUACCAUUACUUGUUCAAGCCCAUCAUUGGGAAGGUGAUGGAAAUUUUUAAGCCUGGGGCUGUGGUUCUCCAGUGUGGUGCUGAUUCCUUAUCUGGGGACAGGCUUGGGUGCUUCAAUCUUUCCAUCAAAGGCCAUGCCGAGUGUGUUAGAUAUAUGAGAUCCUUCAAUGUCCCGCUCUUGCUUCUAGGUGGCGGUGGCUAUACCAUUCGCAAUGUUGCUCGCUGUUGGUGCUACGAGACAGGAGUAGCACUUGGAGCAGAAAUUGAGGACAAAAUGCCACAGCACGAGUAUUAUGAAUAUUUCGGUCCAGAUUAUACUCUUCAUGUUGCCCCGAGUAAUAUGGAAAAUAAGAAUUCUCACAUGUUACUAGAAGAAAUACGGUCAAAGCUUCUUGAAAACCUCUCCAGUCUGCAGCAUGCACCCAGUGUCCAGUUUCAGGAAAGACCUCCUGAUACUGAGCUUCCGGAGGAGAAUGAGGAACAGGAUGACCCAGACGAGAGGUGGGAUCCAGAUUCUGAUAUGGAGGUUGAUGAUGAACGUAAGCCUUUACCAAGCAGAGUAAAGAAAGAGAUCAUUGAACCUGAAGUUAAAGAUCCGAUCCAGAAAGGGACCUCGGAGAACGCUAGAAGCUCAGGCUAUGAUCCAGCAGUAGAUGAGAUAACAACAGGCGCAAAGGCUUUGGAUAUGGGAUCUGGAUCAGUGGAUGAACCACCAACUGUGAAAGUUGAACAAGACACUAUGAAUAAGCCUGCAGACCAGAUAUAAACGUUAUCACAAUCAAAUUUAUUUAGGGUAACUUGAUCACAAGCAAAGUCAUUCAAACUUAAGCGUCCUUCGAUUUGUGAAGUUGGUAAUUUAUCUGAGCAGUAGCAUUUCAUGUAUCUUAGCAUUUCUUGUAUUUGUAAGAAUUCAACGCUUGUUUAAACUAUCAUGGAUAAGUACCCAAAUUUGGCCUCU